UUGUUUCAUAAUAAAUUUCUGUGAUGCGUAGGCGUGGACAACAUUUUGUUUAAACAUGGGAAAAUGUAAUCUGAAAUGUUGCCGCGUGUUGGCCGCUAUGUUUAAUAUAAGACAGCCCACGCCUACGUCCAGUAUGUUCGAAAACUUGGACCCCAAAAGCGCACUGGAGACGUUCAGCGUUUGGCUACGGGCGCAUGAGGAUGGACAGGUAAUGCUGGCAAGUGUGAUCGUGGUGAUCGGGAUCUGGUGGUUCGUGCGCACCAUCCUGUCGUUGGUCCUCAGUCUGAUCUGCCCGCUUUUGGUCGUGGCCUUGGCUGUGAUUUGUGUACCUCAACUGCGACGCCCGCUCAUGGGUGAGAAUUAUCCACUACUCGCAAACCUCCUGAGAAACAUCUUGCUGAAGUUAGCUGAGAACUUAAGAACCUGACGGUUGCCGAGGACAAUAAAUGGAUUGCAAUUUAAUCCUCGACGAAUCCGUAAAAAAAUCUCUUCUCCAACAUAAAUUGCAAUGAACAAGAUGAAUUCACACAUUCAUCAGUCGAGACUGGAAUAUGUAAGUGCCUGUAAAUUGUAAAAGCGUGUAAAUAUGAAAUUUUAAAUCAGUAAAUGCCCCAAAUCUGAUU